AUGGCAACCAACACUCGCGCGCCCCAACGUCGUUUACCUCAACGCGGAAAGACCGAUGAAAACGCUACAAGUCGACAUAUACGCCAGCACUCAGCGUCGUCUCGCUUAACUCAAAAGGAGAUUAACGGUGUCAAGGUUAACCUUCUUCGACCCGCCUUGGGCGAGGUCACGCUGAAGGCGGUUAAUCGCAAGGAGAGCACCAGCAAGUCCGUGCUGGGUAACAAAGAAGAUGUACCACUCAAACCAGCUCGGCCAGUUCUCAGCACAACUACCGUUCAACGUGUCCCACUAGGUCCCGCCCGAGCUCAAGUGGCGCCUCCCGUCGCUAACGUCGUCAAUGCUCGCGUACCUAUCAUUCCAGCCCCACGUCCCCAUAUCCCAAUCCUCAGUCAUCGCCGUGUACCUCGCGUUCCCCCACCACCAGUAGUAUUUUAUGACGACCCAGCAGAAGAUGUCGAAGAGGACGCAGGAGAUGAUAUGGACAUUGAGGAUGUCCCGGUGCAUGCAUUACCACCUCCUGAGCAGGCACAAAUGAGUGUUGAAGGCGAGGAAGAAGUCGAAGCUAUGAUAGUCGUUGAGGAUAGAGAAGAGGCUCAGGAAGAGGAAGAAACUGAAACUCCGCAGGUCUAUGUUUGGCCCGAUGCGCCCACACACCGGAGAUUGAAGUACGCGCGAGAGGUUGAAGCCAUUCGCGAAGUCUUUGAAGAUGACCCUGACUAUGACCCCGCUAUGGUUGCAGAGUAUGCGGACGAAAUAUUUGAGUACAUGCAGAAGCUAGAGGAGGAAGUGAUGCCGAAUCCCGACUACAUGGACUCUCAGCAGGAGAUUACCUGGGAGAUGCGACAGACGCUUGUGGACUGGUUGCUUCAAGCUCAUCUGCGCUACCAUAUGAUUCCGGAAACUGUUUGGAUCGCAAUCAAUAUCGUCGACCGGUUUUUGUCCAAGCGAGUUGUUUCCUUGGCCAGACUUCAGCUUGUCGGCAUCUCUGCCUUAUUCAUCGCCGCUAAGUACGAAGAGAUCAUGGCGCCGUCAGUGGAUGAGUUUGUGGCGAUGGCUGAAAACGGCUACACUCGCGACGAAGUUCUCAAAGGCGAACGCAUCAUCCUGCAGACUCUAGGCUUCCAUAUAUCGCAUUAUUGCUCUCCAUACAGCUGGAUGCGUAAAAUCAGUCGAGCGGAUGACUACGAAAUCCAGACAAGGACACUUUGUAAAUUCCUGGUGGAAGCAACACUCCUCGAUUAUCGAUUCCUCCGUGCAAAGCCUAGUUUAGUGGCAGCUGUUGGGAUGUACACGUCGCGGAUAAUGCUGGGGGGUGGCUGGAACGAGGCAUUUGUUUUCCACUCUGGCUUUACAGAGGAGCAACUGGUCCCUGGUCAUGAGCUUCUCAUCGAAAAAUUGGCCGAAAGAAGUUUCGCUCGGCUGUAUCUUGUCAAAAAGUACGCCAAUAAAAAGUUCCUGAAGGCAUCUACCUUCGCAAUCAAGUGGGCACGAGGGGUCGUCGAUGGGACUGGAUGCACAGAUACAAUGCUCCGUGAUGACCAGGUGUGA